AUGACGACCACAUUGAAAUUAAAAAAUAGCAACUGCGGCGACAUUGUAAAAACUACCGAACAUGGUACAGUAUCAUUCCAAUUCGAAAAUGGUAUAUCAGUGGAUCAAACCCUUGAUGGGUCAGUUCGAUUGGUUAAUCGUCAGGCAAAUGCUGUAGCUGCUGUGAAUGCUUCAGGUAACAUUGCAGCCGUAAUGCAUCCCGUAGGGUUUAUGUACAAAAAAGAUGACACCGUCAAUGUGCAAGCAAACGACAGCCGUUCAGGAAACCACAAGCUAGCAAAAAUAACACCGACUGGCAUCCAUUUCAAAGCCUUCAGAAGUCCUCUUGUGUACUUGGUCGAUGAGGCAGGAAUACGCACUAAUUUUUCGGAAAAUUUUAUGCGUAUAGAGCGAGACGUUACAAGAGAUGUACUCUAUAAAAACUGUCGUCACGGUUCUAAGUAUGUGGGCGUGUGCAAUGAGCUACUAGACGACAUUAUAUGGGCACCAACCGAAACUGGUAACGAGUGGAAGUUGCAUAAUUUCUCUAUCAUACAAGAAAAUGCUCAUGGAUUCGUGAGAGUUGUUAAAACAAUGGAAGACGGUUGUGGGUUUGAAAUACGGGCUUCUGCUACAGUCGGAACAAUAAACCUACAUUCGCCUAAUGUAGAUUGUACAGCAUCGCAUGGUACCAACCAUCAUUUUUUUGUUCGGAAAAACAAAAGUCGCAUACACUAUGAAGUGUUUAAUAAAUUUAUGGUACGUUUUGGUGGUUACCAUACCGGUUUCAACGAGUACGACGAGGUCUCAUUUUUCUGA